AUGCCGGGUAUAACAACAAAUGAUAGUGUACAACAAAUGGCUGAUGAAAAACCGAAAUUACCUGAACAAAUCGAUUUAGAAGAAGCUGAAACAGCAUUAGCUGGAAAAGAUUACAAAACAGCUCAAGAAUUACUUGAAAAAUUAGUUAAACUUCAAGUUAUUGUUGAUAAUGAAGAUUCAGCACGAAUUAAAGAAUUAGCUAUACUUGCUCUUGGAAAACUUUUUAAGGAAACAAAAGAUGCAAAAGCAUUGGCAUCUCUAAUUAAAACAACACGUUCAUUUCUUGGUCUUGUAAGCAAAGCUAAAGCAGCUAAGCUUGUGCGAACACUUGUGGAUCUAUUUCUUGAUAUGGAAGCUGGUACUGGUGAAGAAGUUUCAUUGUGUCAAGAAAAUAUUGAAUGGGCUAAAAGUGAAAAUCGAACGUUUCUUCGACAAGAACUGGAGGCACGUCUUGUUGCUUUAUAUUAUGAUACACAUCGAUAUAAUGAAGCACUGAUACUUGGUUCACAAUUACUUAAAGAAUUGAAAAAACUUGAUGAUAAACAAUUACUUGUUGAAGUUCAGUUACUUGAAAGUAAAACAUAUUUUGCUUUAAGUAAUUUACAAAAAGCAAGAGCUGCAUUAACAUCAGCAAGAACGACAGCAAAUGGAAUUUAUACACCACCAAAACUUCAAGCAAGUCUUGAUUUACAAUCAGGAAUUCUUCAUGCUGCUGAAGAUAAAGAUUUUAAAACAGCAUUUUCAUAUUUUUAUGAAGCAUUUGAAGGUUAUGAUCAAAUUAAUAGUAAUAAGGGUAUUAUUGCACUUAAAUAUAUGUUAUUAUCAAAAGUGAUGAUGAAUGUACCGGAUGAUGUUAAUGCACUUAUGUCAGUUAAAUUAGCACUCAAAUAUAGUGGUCGAGAUGUUGAUGCAAUGAAAGCAGUUGCACAAGCAAGUAAAAAAAGAUCAUUAGCUGAUUUUCAACAGGCAUUGAAAGAUUAUAAAACUGAAUUAUCUGAUGAUCCAAUGAUUCAUUCACAUUUAGGUACAUUAUAUGAUAAUUUACUUGAACAAAAUCUUUGUCGUCUUCUUGAACCAUUUUCUAAUGUUCAAAUAGAGCACAUUGCACAUUUGAUUAAUUUAUCUCAAGAUGUUGUCGAGAAAAAACUGUCUCAAAUGAUUUUAGAUAAGAAACUUAAUGGUAUUCUUGAUCAAGGUUCAUCAAAUAUAGUUAUUUUUGAUGAAACACCAUCGGAUACACAAUAUCAAGAUGCUUUGGUGAUCAUUCAAAAUAUGUCAAAAGUGGUUGACACUCUUUUUAGUAAAACGAAGAAACUUUCUUAG